ACUUCAUUUCGGUCGCCGAAGCAACCGUCUCGCCGCUAGAGUGCGCCUCUUUCGUGUCCGACUUCAAAGCCAUACUGGCGGAAACCUAUCUGGACUUCAGUGCUUUACGAAGAAGUCUGGGGAGCCUCGUCUCGACAAGUCAGGAUAGAUAGUUGCAGCACUGACAGUUAAUAUAAAACCGCAAGAAAUCUCUAAAUUGCCUGAACCGCACAAUGAUAUUGGAUUUACAAAAAUGGGAGCGGAGGUUGAGUCAAGAUUCCUUGGCGUGGUGAAGUAAACUGGUUUGUCCAGGAGAGCAACCAGUCUAAAUUCCUAUUUGAUGGUAAAGAACAUGAUGGCGUUCCUCCUGUGUGUUAGUCUGUGGAUGCUCCUGGCUGUUCACUGCCAGGCUGGAGCUGUGAAGAACUGUCACCCAAGCUGCCACUGUGAGGUGGAGAGCUUUGGCUUGUUCGACAGCUUCAGCCUGACCAGGGUGGAUUGCAGGGGAGUGGGCACCAGCCCCAUCCCCAUCCCCCUGGACACUGCCCACCUGGACUUGUCCUCCAACUCCAUGUCCCUGCUGACCGACACUAUGCUCUCUGGACCUGGCUAUACCACGUUGGUCAGCCUGGACCUCAGCAACAACCGCAUCUCCAUGGUCAGCCCCAAGGCCCUGUCCAGGCUGCGCUACCUGGAAUCUCUGGACCUCAGCCACAACUCCCUGGAGGUCCUGGAUGAGGGCUGCUUCUCUGGCCUUCCUCUGGCUGAGGUGGACCUCAGCCACAACCACUUCCGGGAGUUUGACCUGGACAUGUUCAUCACUAAAGGUCACGGAGAGCCAAUCAACGUGGAUCUGUCCCACAACCGGCUGACGGUGGUCUCCAGGAGUUCCUCUAGGAGCCCCUUGCUACAUGUCCAGAACCUGACUCUAGCAGCCAAUCAGCUGAGGGCCGUGCCCAAGCUAAAAGGCAUCCCGUUGAGGGAUCUAAGCCUGGAUGUGAACAUUAUCUCGCGCAUUGAGGAGGGGGCCUUUGAGGACCUCAAGGACCUGGUUCACCUAUCCCUCAGUGCGCUUCCUGAGCUCUCUGACAUCCAGCCUAACAGCUUCAGAGGCCUUCAGAGCCUUCAGGUCUUGGACCUGUCCAACAACGCCAAGCUAAAGACACUGAGCCCAGCUGUGUUCAGUGGACUUGUGUCUCUACAGGAGCUCAAUCUGUCCAACUCUGGAGUAACGUCAUUGCCAAAUAACAUGCUAAGUCACUUGCCAAGCAUCAAGAGUAUUACCCUGGGCCAGAAUAUCCAUUGUUGGAGGGCUCAAAAGCAGGGCCAGUUUCACAGGCAGCUUGGACAGGAACAGAAACAUGACGAGGUGCUAACCUGUGAUGUUAAAGGCAUUGUGUCGUGAUUGUGUUGGGAUUGUUGCCUUCGGUAUGGACAUCUAACUAGCACAUUAGUGCUAAAACUGUGCCUUAUAUCACUAUAUGCAAAGAACAAUUUUUGUUAUUGCUGCCAAACAUGAUAAUUACUAUUUGAACAGUUUUGUUUAAAUUAAAUUUGUGUUUUGCUUUUAUUCCAAAGGCCUGAGGUAUUUAUUUCAAACCACUGUUGAUACACUGUCAUGUCAUGCUUGUUAUGCAUAAAUCAUGUAUUUAAAUUACAGUAACAAGCUAGCAAUAGCAUUGAUGGAUAUUAUCUUCAAACCAUUUAGCUUUUCCUCUUCCAAUUUUGAAGGAGAUUUUAGGAUCUGGAACUAAAAAAGAUACCUCAGCCACUAGGAAACAUAUUAUGUUCCAUAACAAUCAUCAGUAUACACAUUACUGUGCAAGGACCACUCUUAUGUCAGACCAAAAGGUUAACAUCUUAUGUAGAGUAUGUAGUUAUGUAUGUCUAGCAUAGGAGGCUGGUGGGAGGAGCUAUAGGAGGACAGGCUCAUUGUAAUGUCUGGAGUUGAAAAUAUGGAAUGUUAUCAAACAUGUUCCAUUCUAGCCAUUACAAUGAGCCUGUCCUCCUAUAGCUCCUCCCACCAGCCUCCUCAGAUGUCUAGUUAUCAUUUCAAUCAGAUAUUAUUGUGGACAAAUUCUCCUGCUAUCUUCCUCAGUCAUGUUUACAUGGCCUAAGACCUGGAAGCCAACAUUGCGUGUUCUGUUUCAAAGAGCUGUUACACAACUGGUUGAAAUGUGAUCUGAACAAAUCAAUGCAGAAACAAAUUCUUGAACGUCACCUAGGGGAUUUUCGCUGCUCUGUUAUUGAAUCAGUUUCCCAUGACAGUGACCAUUUAUUUCAAAACAUAAAAUUGGCUCCAGGCAGUUUAUUAGACACAGACAUGUUUCGUCCUGUAUUUUCUUAUCUCUUCUGACAGAGAAGUGUGUUUUAACUGAAACAAUAUACGUGAUGUAUUUGAUGCAUUGUAUUAUUCACCCUACUUUGAAAUGUUAUAAAUGUCGCAGCUUUUCUACAGCAUCAACUUUGGAUCUACAUUGGCCAAAAUCCUUCAGAUAUUCUGUGCAACAACAACUGCAUGUUUGAACACCUGCCUUGGUUGCUAUUCCUGUGGUAUAAUAUGGACCGAAAGAGACAUAACUGCACUUGAACUGUUUUGAAUGUUAAACAUCUGCGUAAAGAUGUUUUAUAUUUCUUUAUCAAUAGUGUAUACACUUAGUGUACAAAACAUUAAGAACACCUUCCUAAUAUUGAGUUGCACCCCUGAGAACAGCCUCAAUUUGUUGGGUCAUGGACUCUACAAGGUGUCCAAAGCGUUCCCCAGGGGUGAUGGCCCAUGUUGACUCCAAUGCUUCCCAUGGUUGUCAAGUUGGCUCAAUGUCCUUUGGGUGGUGAACCAUUCUGAUACACAUGGGAAACUGUUGAGCGUGAAAAACCCAGAAGCAUUGCAGUUCUUGACACAAGCCGGUGUGCCUGGAACCUACUACCAUACCCUGUUCAAAGGCACUUAAAUAUUUUUUUCAUUCCCAUUCACCCUCUAAAUGGCACAUGUACACAAUCCAUGUCUCAAGGCUUAAAAAUCCUUCUUUAACCUGUCUCCUUCCCUUCAUCUACACUGAUUUGAAGUGGAUUUAACAAGUGACAUCAAUAAGGGGAUCAUAGCUUUCACCUGGUCAGUCUGUCAUGGAAAGAGCAGGUGUUCUUAAUGUUUUGUACAUUCGGUGUAUAACUUUGUAUAGAUGUAAAAUAGAUGGAUUAUUCUACACAUCUGUGUACUUUACAUAAAUGUAUUAACUUUUAAUUAUUUGUAACUUUGUUUACUACCCUGUCCCCAACAGCCUGUGGCAUUCCACAAUUGCUAGGUGUGUCUGUAUAUGAAAACAUAUAAAUUGUUUGGGUUUCAACGCA